UUGGUCAUUUCUCCAUUUUCUUUGGUGUUGUCUCGGUGAUUCUCUUGCGUGUUUUUUUUUCCUUUCAUUUCUUUCAUUUCUUCAAUUUUUUUUCCACUAUUUCCUCGUCCCCCUCCUUCACCCUCUCCCUCCCACGCUCCUCGCCCGUUCCUCAGGCGGGUCAUUGUUACUCUUAACGUCGUGGUUGUGUUGCCUCCGUUAUUAUACAUUGACCUCCUUGCUCUUUACUGUGAGGCUUGACCUUGUCGCCGUUCUGGGGUAACAACCGGGAAACCACCGUGGUACUCCGUGCAAGAAGCCGCAUUUCUCGGCGUUUUUUUUUUUUUUUUCCUGCUCUUUGGCUUCGCUCUAACCCUUUAUCCCCGAGAACGUCGUGUCAACGAGCUCUGGCUCGUUAAAUUAUUUAUUAUUAUUUUUACCUUCUUGCUACGAAUACUUAACCUCAUCUCUAUCCAUCACCCUUACGGUCGGGGCAGGUGCCUCACACGGGUAUACCGUUACGGCCACUCCUGCAGCGUUGAGCUAAAUAUCCUCCUUUUAAUAUCCCGGCACAGCUUCCGAGAUUUCUUUUGGUUACACAGUGCUUGGUCGGGUAGCAGAUGAGUUCUGGAUACGACUUUGCUACAAAAACCUGUGUGCUGGGAAACUCAUAGCUCGGAAGUUGUCUUCAUCUUCAUCUCUUCACCACACUUUUGGGGGAGUUGGGAGAUCCCUAGAUAGGAUGAUGACGGCCAAUCCUGCGCAACCUCGUAUGAGCCCUUCUGGGUCGCUACAGCUUGACGAUGAAACUCUACGGCUUGUAGGGCAAAUGGUUAUGGUAGGAUUCGAAGGGCUCACAGUAACCCCUGAUAUCCGGAUGAUGAUUGAGAAAUAUUAUGUUGGAAACAUACUGUUAACACGGCGGAACAUUCGAGAUGGUGUUCAAUUGGCACGCCUAACACAAGAUCUACAGAAUAUUGCACAGUCAACAGGAUUUCAGAGGCCCCUCAUUAUUGGAAUAUAUCAGGAAAAUGGAAUGAUAAGUCGAUUAGGCGACGGAAUACGAGGUACUCACUUUCCUGGGGCGAUGGCUUUGGGAGCAACUAGAUCGCCAAGUCAAGCGUUCGAUGUUGCCAAAGCUACAGCAAAAGAGUUGGUGGCUGUGGGGAUCAACUGGAACUUUGCUCCUCUACUGGAUGUGAUCAGCGAAUCAAACUCAUCUGUGAUCGGUGUCAGGGCUUUCGGGGAUGACCCGCAGGUGGUGGGGCGUUAUGGUGUUGCCUUCGCUGAGGGACUGAGGGCUGGGGGUAUCGGCCACUGUGCGAAACAUUUCCCUGGCACUGGACAGAUAACAAAUAAGGACGGAAGUAGGAGCUCUACUUUCAACUUCAAAACUCGGGAUGAGCUAGGCGUAAAUGAGUUGAUUCCCUUUCGGAGGGCAGUAUCGGCCGGACUGGAUAGUGUCAUGUUGACCUCCUCAAUCUGGGGGGAAAGCCUGCUAGGUGAUGGAGGAACUACGGUCCCAGCCGAUGCAAAGCAUAUUAUUCAUGAGGUACUUCGGAGGCAGUUGGGAUACGAUGGGCUCACGGUGUGCGAUGUGACAGACAUGCCUGGCUAUGGGCGGGGACUCGAUGUUAGGGAGGCGGCAGUAAUAGCGGUUAAGGCUGGUUGUGACAUGCUCCAAAUAUAUGACAAGCCAGAAGCCCAAAGAAAAGCAAUUGAAGCAGUAUAUGAGGCCAUUGGGACUGAGAAGAUAGCCAGGAGCGAUAUUUAUCGUUCUUCUAGAAGGGCGCUACAACUGAAGGAACAUUAUUUGAGUUGGAGGACAGCUCUGGCGGCCCCAGAUCCCCAACGUUUAUCUUCUCUAAUGCAGGAACAUCAGGCUUUGGCGCGAACGGUAUACGAGAACUCUAUAACAGUGGUUCGAGACGAAAAGUCAUUACUCCCAUUGUCUUCACGGAUCAGGAGCACUGAUAACAUCCUCCUUCUGACCCCGGUUGUAAGACCACUCUAUCAUCGAGGGCCAGAUGAACUCCCCAUAGACCCAUUUGAGUGUUUGGGUCGAGCCCUCGCUCGACAUCAUCCGAAAGUUAGGCAUGCGCCUUAUACGGUGCGGGGUAUCACCUCGACGCAUGUUGCUCUCAUAAGACGGGCAGCAGCUGUUAUUUUCGUGGCAGCUAGUGCGAACCGCCCGAAUACCAAUUCGCAGCUUGAAACUGCCGGAGCGGUUCACCGCCUCUGUCUGAAUAAACCUCUAGUAACAUUAGCUGCUUGUGAUCCCUACGAACUUUUGACUGAUAGGACAUUUGGGACAUAUAUCUGUACCUAUGAAUAUUCUCCGAUGGCCCUGGAAACAGCGGCUGCUGUGAUAUUUGGCGAGCGCCAUGCUUCGGGGUCGCUCCCUAUCAGUAUACCUGGCACGCCGGCCCUUCGCCAACAGCGUUUGUGGUUUGUUGAGGUAUGGGAAAAGAGACGAGACCUUUUUGCCUCAGCAGACUUAUGGCGAGAUUGCUUAGGGCGAAAAUGGCCACUGGAUGCAAGCACGCUCAGUGCUUUGCUAGAUCGUCCCGGUUAUUCGAAACACUUCGUAGUCCGCCGCGCCAUGACCAACGAGCUCUUAGGACUUGUUGCAACCUACACCGUUAUGGCCGGCCCCUCCCAACUUGUCGGAAGCCUGGCUUUGUUAAUCGUCCGACCUUCUCAUCGGAAUUUGGGGAUUGGGCUGUCUUUGCACGAGGUAGCAGUCCGGCAUUUGUCCAAACAACAAGGGAUAUCAUCAUUGCAACUUGGAAGUAUAUUUCCCCGCCUGUUUCCUGGCUUGCCCGUCGAUUUACCUAGUGAGGAUCUCUCUUGGUUUGCGCAUCGGGGUUGGAAGCUCGAAGACAAAUUUCUGUACGACCUGUACAUGCAAAUCGACACAUGGUCAAUUCCAGAAGGGGGCAUGCCCCCACUGUAUGAAAAGGGGGUGUCUUUUAGUUGUUGCAAUGCGGAUCAAUUCGAUGCUUUGAUUGAGUUUGAAGAGAAGAAUUUUGGCACAUAUCUCGGUUGGGUGGACAAAUACCAGGCAUUGAAGGCUACGGAUGAUAUAGCAGAUGCCAUGAUUGCAUACACAAGUCAAGAGAUCGUCGGAGCAGCUUUGAUUUUCAGUCCAGUAGGGAAUAAUCAGAUAUCAAAAGAUAUACCAUGGCCGAAGAUGAUAGGAGAGCGGGUCGGUGGUAUAGCUUGCAUGGGUGUCAAAGCCGAAUGCAGGGGCCAAGGAGUUGGUCUUGGGUUAAUAUGUGCUUCUAUCAUGGAGUUGAAGCAGCGUGGACUUCGAGGUUGUUUCGUAGACUGGGCCGAUUUUGAAGGGACUUAUAAAGAACUUGGGUUUUCGCAAUGGGGCAAGUACAGAGAAAUCUGGCGCAAUGUUUAAUUUUUCUUUCAUGGACAUGGCGCGCACGCGGUAUGGGGAUUACAAAAAAAAAAAAACAGAAAUGGGGCUUUUGUUCGGUGGUUUUGUACGAGAAGGACCCCAGCUUUUCAUCUUUACGAGUCAUUCCACCACGAGGGCGUUUUUUCAUUACUUUUUCUCUUUUGGGCGAGAGGCGGCUUUCUUCCUUUCGUUUCUUCUGUUUUUAGCUUUACUUUAUUUUAUCUCAUGUAGCAUGUGUUUUGCUUCGGGGGUCUUUCUCCUUUCUCUCUGUAUAUUGAAUAUUUGGGGGGGAGGUGGGCAUGGGAGACUUUUAAACACUUGGUCUUUGUUAUCCUGUUUCUUGUUUUCUCCCUAUUUAUUGGCCGCUUUGGUUGGCCUGGGUUUCACUUCACUUGUAUAUAAGUAUGGUGCUCUUCCUCAAAAAGACUCGGGCCUAUUAAAAUGCUCUAUCCGCCGGGCUAUGAUAUCUCGAGUAUUGGGAUGCAUGCUCUCAUAUUGCUGUUUUUGGAGUAUGGGUUGAAUUAGGAAAUCGCUGUAUCCUGAGUGUGAGAUUGGUUGGAAUAAGCGGAGUCUUUGG